UCGCUUACAACGUUGAAGAAAAAUCAAAAUGAAAGCAAAUUCGAACAUUUUUUUUGUCAUAUGUUUUUGUUUCUUGCAAUUUAUUGGCAUCUGUUUUUGUGAUGUAGAGCAGCUUGAGUCAACAGAGUUUAACAGUUUUGUUACAUCGAAUGCCCUUGUCCUGGUUUUAUUUAAGGCUUCAGGGGAAUGUCCAUCAUGCAAUAAAGCACUUGAAUAUUUGGGUCGCCUGCCACAGCCGGAUCUUGUUCAAACAGAAAUCUUGAAGAGAUAUGUGAUUGAUGAUAGACUGGCGGACAAACUCGGUGCACUAGAUUACCCGUCUCUAGUCUACUAUAGGAAUGGAUACCCGGCUUUAUAUAAUGGUAAGUUAAGCAGUUCUGAUGACCUGCCAGAGCUUGUAGAAUGGUUAUCACAAGCCUCAGAUGUAGCAACUAAAGAUCUGUAUGACGAUUCAUUUGAACAUCUUACCCAGGCAUCAACAGGGGCAACAACUGGGGACUGGUUUGUCCUGUUUUAUAAACCUGGCUGUGAGGAUUGUAUGAAGAUACUAUCCAGUGUUGAAUGUGCAGCUAUAAGUGUUAAAUAUAGAAUGAGCUUUGCAAAGAUUGAUGUGGAUCAGAACCCAAAGUUGACUAAAAGAUUUAAUAUUACAACAUGCCCAUAUGGAAUUUUGUUUAAGAAAGGCAAAAUGUACCCAUAUGAACCUAGGAAGUUUGAUACAAACUCAUUGAUAGCUUUCACUGAGACCUGGUAUAAGAAUGUUAAGUCAUCACCUGUACCAAGGGAGCCCACAUCAUUUGAUAUUUUAACAGAAUCUAUAGCAAUGUAUAUAAAACAACAAGUAGAAGACCCAAAUAAAAACUGGUUACUGAUACUUGGUGUGCCAUCUGUGUGUUUACUUGUGGUAGUUUUAUUGAUAUUUGUGUUCAGAAAACCUCAGGAUACAAGGAGGAAACAUGACUGAUUCAUUUAUUCAUUUUAACCUAUUAUAUGUUUAUAUGGAGUUGGAUUCAAUUGGAACUGGUUCAAGAAUAAAAUUGGAUUUACUGUAAUACAGUCAUGAAAGUAAAUAUUCAAUUUACAUGAAAGUCAUGCUAGUAACCAGGCAAUUCUAUCUUUAAACAUGUAUUAAGAUAUUUUGCUAGCCCAUGAGAUAAACCGCAUGCCAAGUUCAUUGCUGUUGGGCAAGGGUCUUUUUCAACAUCUGAAAGUGUUCUAAAUACAGAAUUUUAAGUUACUGGAUUGUUCUAAAAAGAAUUGGAUUUAUUGAAUUUUUAAAAAUAAAGAAUUGAAUUUUCUCAACUGUUCUAAAUUUGAUUUACUGAAUAAACUUUUGUUAAUAUAUCUCUGUAUGUACUGAUUUAUUCUUAUUAUAGAAUUGCUAAAAAUAGAAUUGAAUUUGCUGAAGUGUUCUAAAAGAGACAUUUGAUAUACUGAAUACACUGUUCUUAUUAUAAAAAAUGGAUUUUCUGAAUUGUUGUUAAUAUAUAAUAGGAUACAGUGAACUGUUUUAGAUUUAAUGCAAAAUUGGAUUUAUUGAGCUAAAUUUUCUGGAUAUUAAAUUGGUUCUAUAUAUAGAAAUGGAUGAACAGAACUGUCAUAAACAUAUAUGCAUAUUGUUUUUACCAUAGAACUGAAUUGUCCUGAUUUUAGUCUGCUAUAAAACAAAAUUGGGCAUACAUGUUAGUCAUUAUUAUUUUUAUUAAAAUCAAAUUAAAAGAAUUGGAUUUCCACAUCUAUUAAAAAAUAAAAAAAUGGAUCUAUGAAAGAGUUUCUGAUAUAGAAUUGGAUGUAUUUAACUGUUUUCAGUAUAGACUUAAAUACUAGUCUGUUCUUAACAAUAAAGUGUUAUAUAAAAAAAAACAUUUGUUAAUAUACGAGUUAGUUUAUUAAUUUGUUAUAAAUAUGAAAUUGUAUUUACUAACAUGUUCAGAAAAAUUGGAUUAAAAUUUUACUGAAUAGUUUUAAAUAUAUAGAUUUUCAUCUACAGACAUUUUGAAUUACUGCACUGUUAUUUAUCUAUUGCAUACGCUUUAAUGAUAGUGGAAUUUUAAAACAUAGAAAUGCAUUAAUUUAUUGUACUUCUUUAAGAAGUAGACUGACCAAAGUGGAAGGUAUACCACUUAAUUUUUUGGUUUACUUUAAUAAAAAUUUCUCAAGGAUUUCAUUUUUUUUUUAAUUUGCAAGUUUUAAGGGAUAUCAUAUAUGAUCUGUAGAAAAAUAUCACCACAUUUAUUGACGGAAACGAAAUUGCCUUUGUAGAUUUUUUUCAUUUAUCUUGAUGAUUUUUUUUACCUUGGUAAGAAUCAAAUGACUUUUUAUGAAUAUUUGUGAUGGGUUUAUGAAGAAAAGGUGAAAAUAUUGAUUGAAUGUAUAAUACAUGCAUUUAUUUUGUUCUUGUUAUAUGAAAAAAGCAGGUAUUGAAAUAAAGAUGAUAAAAAUAA